CACGGCAGGAGGCGGUGCUCGCCCUCCGCUUCCGGGGCGCCGCUGCGAGUUGCCCGCUCCCGCCGGCAGCUCCGGAGCCGGCGCCGGGAGGGCCGAGCCGAGGGGCGGGCGCGUCCUGCCGCGGGGCCGCCGCAGUGCUCCGCGGGGCCUGCGGCCUCUGCUGCUGAGCGUGUGAGGGGUACGCGGCCCCGCAUCCGGGUCACCGGACGCUUCCGGCCGAGCGGCGGCGGGUCCCGGUUGCGGCGCGGAGCGAAGAGUUGCCAUUACUGAAGAUUCUUAAUGCCAGAUAAUCAACCUACUGCCGAAUAACCAUGAAAGAGACGAGGUAGCUGCCCAAGCGUGAGAUAAAAACUGAUUUCAAUGGAUUCAAAAUACAAAGACGAUUUAUUUAGGAAGUAUGUACAGUUCCAUGAAUGCAAACUGAGUGCCUCUGACAACAAGCAGCGUCCUAUUAAUGAUGAAUAUUUGCGAGUGGCAGCCGCAGCCUUUCUUUGCCUUCCCAAAAUUGAUCCCUUUUAUAGAUUCCGGUUGAUAAAGUUCUACGAGAUGGCUGAAAACUCACUGAGAUCUGUGAAAUCCUCAAGUUUACAUUCUCUACAUAAUGCAUUCAGCAUGCUCGAGACAGUUGGAAUUAAUCUCUUUCUUUACCCCUGGAAAAAGGAGUUCAAAAAUAUUAAGACCUACACUGGACCCUUUGUUUAUUAUGUAAAGUCUGCUCUAACUGAAGAUGAUGUAAGGCAAAUUUUGAACUACAUGGGCUAUGUUCAAGAACUGGGAACAAUGUAUAAGCUCAAAGAGCAGGUUGAUGCCAUUCAAGUGAAAAUGGUUUCAUUUGAACUCUUUUUGGCCAAAGUGGAAUGUGAGCAGCUUGUUGAAAUUCACUUGCAAGUGAAGGAUAAAGGUUAUUCGGAGGUUGAUGUCAUAAAUGAACGAAAAAAUAGCACAGAAGAUAUUAGAGGCUGCUCAGAAGCCAUGAAACGGCGUGUAGAGUGCAAAGAGAACUUGAACACUUCCAUGGCACGAAUGGUACUCCAGAAAUCAGCAAGUGAACGGGCUUCUAAAGAUUAUUUCAAGCCAAAGGUGAGCAAGCCUUCUAAAUCAGUGGACACAUAUGAUAAUUAUUGGGAAAGUAAGAAACCACCUUUGAUGAGCUCACUGAGUCUGAGGAAAGAACCAUUUUUAGUUGAUGCAGAAGAUGACAUUAAAGAUGAGAUUAUCCGUCCAUCACCCUCUCUUCUGACAGUGUCAAGCUCCCCACACGGGUGUUCAGAUGAAUUCUUGCCAACUUCAUCUCAUCACAAUGGCAUGCUAAGAACAAAUGUCCCUUACAGCUCCUAUUUUUCUGCUCAAGAGGACUUAGAUUUAUAUACUGAUUCCGAUUCUAGAAGUAUGUUAAACUUUAAAAGACAAGAAGCUAUUAAGCCUGAUGUAUGGCUGUUAAAAAAUGAUGCCAACCCUGUUUACCACAAACGCACCCACCUAGCCAAAGAGACAGCUUCCCUCAAGUGCCAAAACUGUGGCGUACCUUGUGGCACUUCUGUUUGCCAAAAGUGUGACAAUCUGUACAACUCUAGGCAGGAAUACCCAGCAGUGAAACAGAGCGCCUAUUCAAUCAAACCGCUUCCGAAUGAUGGCUUGCCUCCUGCGUCUUUAAGGGAGAAAUCUCAGUACACAUCACAGACUCAGAGUCAAGAGAGAGCUGCUCAGUUCAGUUCAAAAUCCAAAUCUUCAGGCACCUCGCGCUGCGGCUUUUGUAACCGGUCCGGAGCUGCAAACACUUGCACGUUUUGCUCAAAGGUCUCAUGUGACACUUGCCUCAAUGCUUACUAUUAUGAUCCCUGCUGUAGAAAAAGCGAGCUUCACAGAUUCAUGCCUAACAAUCAGUUAAACUAUAAAUCGUCCCAGCUGUCCCAUGUAGUUUAUAGAUAGACUUAAUUAGUCUGUUUUGGAGGGGAAGGAAAGGGGGAGGGGAAAGGGCUAUCUUAACUAAUGUUCUGACUCCACUGAUAAGAAAAUAACACUGACCUCUUACCAAAAGAACGCAUCCAAAUGUUUGGAACCAUGGUUCAGUGAUCAGGUGCCAGUUCUUGAUUUUUGUGGCUUCACAAAUGCUGCAGAUGCAUUCGAUUUCAUGCUGCUAUAAUUUAGGUAACUCCUGAAUGAUCAUUACCUUUCAGUUUAAAGGGGGAGAAGAGCACAUUUUAAUUUUUUUUUUUCUUUAAAACUUGGCAGCUGUUGUAUGUCAGAAAAGUGACAUCUCACCUUUCUCUUACAUUGCAGUCAUCUCCUUGCCCAAAUAAAACCAUGCAAGGCUUGAAAAGAAGGUCUGAAAAUUUAAGGUUCUCCUUUUCUAUGAGUGAUGAAACUACUGCCGGUUUUUGGUUAAAGUAUGACUCCCAAAUGUUCAAGAGAGAUGUGAAUGGCUUGUUUUGCCAACAAGGACUACUUUUUUUUUUUUUUUGAAGUGUGUCUGCAUUUCUUAAUCUCCAAAAUGCAAACACCAACAGCAUCUCUUCCUUUUGUCUUUACGUUUCUUCCUUCUCCCCUUAUCUCCCUGUUGUUUAUCUCAAGGUUAUAGAAUCUGAAUCUGGACAAUUUGUGCUUUAUUUUCUGGUGUUGCCAAUUUCAUCCUACUGGGUUUUACCGUCCGGUAGUUCAAAAAGGUGAACCUGUAGUUAUGUUACUUAAGUUAUGCCCGGAGUGUUGUCCUUCCAGAUGAGUACUGAUUUUAAUUUACCUUCUGUUGCACAUGUAUUAAGUACUGUUCUUUGUACUGUAAAUAGGUAUUUGGAAACAGUUUAUUUUUAAUAAAUAUUUAAUAUGUUGAGUUCUUAAAAGUGGUAGAAUCAUUAUAACUAUGAAGUCUCUCUGGGUUAUUUGUUCAGGUGACUUUUUGUUUUUCCUUGUACUGUAUUUCAUAGCUUAUUAUAGUCACUGUGGCAGACUGAUCAAUUUUUGGGUUUUAAUCUGACUUUUUUUUUCUCUCCUUCUGACAAGGCUACCACUAGUCUGAGUGGAGUCUUGUGUAAGAAUUGCAGGAUUUUGGUUCUCAGUGCACGCUUUUCCUUUGUGGUUAUGGAAAUUGUAAGUAUAAAUGUUAUGCUUGCUUCCAAAUUCACUGCCAAGUCUGUAGUGUAGUCCAGCAAGUAAAGCACUGGCCUGGUUAAAAAUCAGACCUCAUUUGUGACUCCUGUUAAAGUAAACCCAUCAGUUAUGGAUGUGAAUCAGAUAGUAAGAUUUAUCUGUAUUACUGUAGCACAUAGGAACCCACGCGGAGAACCAGGACUCCGUCGUGCUAGGCUCUGUACAGUUUGACCCCCAGACAACACCUGGUUAUAAAUAGACUUUAGUUUUUUAUUAAAAGGAAACCCCCAAGAAUCCUUCUAACUUCCUUAUUCCACCUAGCUGGUUAGAACAAAGUAUCAGGCAACCUAAUCUGAUGUGCAGAAUUAAAUGUGUUUAAAAUAUCUGUAAAAAACUCUAGCUGAGAUGUAGAAACUGUGUAGUCCACUUUGCACUAAAAUUAUUCACUUAGGGGUUUUUUUAAACACUGUUAGAGUCUAGGCUUCUAAACUUAAAUGUCCAUUGAUCCCUGUGUGACAGAAACAUGCAUGAAUGAUCAUUUGACUUACAUUUUUUGGGUGGGGGGAGGGCUUGAGGUAGGUAGAGAGGGAAACUAUAUAGGCUAAUGUUGUAAAAUAGCUAAAAUAAUUUUAGCCAUAAAUGGGUGUCAGAAGUAUUAUGGAAAUAAGAUGAAACCUGAGUCUUACGGAGGGCUGAGAACAGUAAGUUACUGUACAGUUUGCACUAAGAAACAAAGUGAAUGGCGUGUGUUUAGCAAUCAGGGAAAAUUCCGAAUCAAGUGACUGCAACCGAACAUAAUGUUAUAGGCAAGUAUUGCCUUGCUGACCCUGAAGGUGGGGGUGAAUAUUGUUUAGAUGACUGAUUUUAAGGUUUUCAAAAUCUUAUAUGUUUUUUCUAUAAAUAUAUAUAUAUAUAAAUAUGACACAAAUGUAGAUACAUUAUGUAUAUAGUGAAGAAUUUAAAAACAAUUUUACUAUUAAAAUACAGUCUAAGGGUGGUUUUCAUUUCGGUGGCUAUUUUGGUUUUGUUCAUCUUCUGAAGUGUCAUGCCUGUUUGGCUGCUAUACAGUGUAUCUUCUAGUUCACUAGUUCAAUUUCCAUAUGGCUACUCACACUACAGUGAAUAACUAAAACUGUGAUGCCACGUAAUUUUUACGGUGAACAUAGCAGGGACUAUACUUGCUUUGAAAAAGAAAAGUCCUGUGUAUAUAUGUCAUGGAAUACUGUAGUACAAAACUGUGUUGAAUUGAAGUGAUACCAUGCUCUAUUUUUGUGUAUCUUACUGUAUGAGGUUGCUGUGAUUGAUACAGUAAAAUAUAUGCUAAUUUAAAAUGCAGGUGUUUUGCAUCUGAUUUGUUUAAAUUAAUUUAUGUUUUGAAGGAAUUUAAAAAUAAAGAGGCCUUUAAGAAAAGGCUUAAACUCUUUUCUUAAAGUGGAGUGCAUGUAGCUGUCUGUUUCACAACUGCGUUUUGCAUGCAGAAAUGAGUUGGUGCCCAGAGGUAAUCUGAGGGGCAAAAAUGGGCAAGAGUGUAUGUAUCAUGAGCCUCAGCUUUAUGAAACUGGAUGUACUGCUUGCAGAAUGCAGAGCUUUUUUUAAAAGCGUUUAUUUUCAAGUCUUAGCAGCAUGACUCAGUUUGUUCCAUAAGAGCAUGUAAGCCAAUAUGUCAGCAGUCUGCAGCAGACAGACUAACGUGGGGUGGAGAGCAGGUUUCAUAGGUGAUGUGAAGCUAACAGACAUUGAUUUCCAGCCUUGACUCUCGAUGUCAUACACACUUCUAACGAGCUUCCUGAUAUAAGCUGCAUCUCACAGAAGAUGUGUGAUACUACUGGUGUACUUUUGGCACUUGAGUUAGGCCUUCUGGCUCCUUCUUCAUCCUGCUAGCUCCGAAGCAGGAUAGUUCCUCAAGUUCCAAACUAGAUUAUUUUUAAAUUUGUCCUUUGUGUUAAAGCAUAUCAGGCGAAUGCUGAAAUGCCAGAAGUGCCACCUCUACAAGUCCUCUAAUCUUAUGAUCUCCUGAGGUUACUGGAAGCAUCAGGGAUGAUGAUAAAAAUCAAGCUCAAGGUAACUAAAAUAUUCUUGCAGGAAAUCUUAUCUUACAUCACUCUGCUUCUUGUGCUGAUGUAGUUCUGGUGCGUAUAAACAAGACUUUAUGCUGUUUUACUCGGACAUUUCUGAUUGCAGACCUAUGUGUGUCUCCUGUGUCUUUUGCUUUCAACAGAAAUUUAAAGGUUCAGGACACUAUCAGCUAGUUCAGACUUGAUGGUUUGAACUGACAGCUUCCUAAAUUUAUUUGUUUCUGGAAGAUACCUGUGGAUUACAAGCAUUUACUACCUGUUGCUUAAUUAUGCUGUAGAAUUUAUUUUAAGGGAAAGAUUCACUUUUCUAAAUAUUUGUUUAGAACCAGAAGCUAAUCUGAGCAUGGUGAUAAUUGACACAUUGCCGGGAGUGACUAAGAGAAAAAGCAGGAGGUGAUUCCAAGUUAAGGUAAUGUUUUUGAUGUACCUGUUUUGGAUCUGAUUUAGUUACUUCCCUGAAAUCGGUGGGAGUUAGUCAGACCUUUCAGCAUGGCCGUUACUGUGGUAUCUAAGCAGCAACUGAGCUGAGCUACAAAUGUGCCUAUUUGUGAAGGAUGCCCCAUGCUUCUUUCUGAAAAUCAUUGAAUGUGGUAGCGUUUGUCUAAAGACUGUAAGUAUGUAAAUGUCUUAGAAAUCGUGUAUAAAAUUAAUUAGAAUUGAACACUGCAGUUACUUUUUAAUUACUUUUUCUUCAGUUGGUUGUAUUCUCCUAGAAAAGAUUUUUUUUUUUUUGUAACUUGCCUUGCCAGUAUGAAAAUGUAGGGGCAGGGAAUCAGUAAUUAAGUAGCUUUCUGGUUUUGUACUCCUACAUCCCUGCUGUGCAAAACAAACUCCGAGGGCAACCUUUUGCACCGAGCCUCUAUAUGAAAA